AUGGGAACAGUACGGCGGGAAGCGACCAACAUCAGCUGGGAAGUCGCAGGGGGCGGGGAGGGAAGCCGGCGUCAUGGCCAGGAAAUAGCGCCAGAGUCUGACAGGGUAUCAGACAGUCCCAGCGACUGCCCCAAGGCCAGGCCCUCACCCUCCGCGAAUGCUGGCGGCCCCGGAGCGCCACGGGCCACGGCUGCCGAGGUACCUCAGCGCGCGCUCAUUCGCUCGCUCCCUCCGCCGCCGCCGCCGCCGCCGCCCGUCACGUCAGUCAGACUCCGGCUGCGGCGGCUCCGGAGCCUCCUCCGCGGGAUCCUGUCACCUGACGCAGGGGAUGAGAUCUACGCAAAGGCACUUCCGGCUCUCUACCGGAAGGGAACGGCGGACACCGAAAGAAACAGGUCCGGAGAGAAGGGACUUGCCCUUGUUGCUGGAUCUGAACUUGUAUCCUUGGGGGCUGAAUUCCACUGCCCAGGGAUGCCCCUCCAUCUCCUAGUUCUAUCCAAGAGCGCAGAUCACCCCAUAUGCUUCAUCCUCCGGAGCCGGUGCCUCUGCUUGCCUGCCUGCCUGCCUGCUGCCUGCCUGCCUGCCGGCCCCUCCAUUCAUUGGUCCAGAAGGCACUUCUCCCCCCCAUCCCCCCGUGCCAGCUUUGCUUCCGCUCCUGGGCAGCCUCGUGGGACCCUCUGGGAGUGGGCAGAAGGGGAGGAGUGUCUGGGGGCGAGGGGGGCCGAGAUGGGACACCCAAGGUGGCUCCUGUGGGUGCUCAUCCCUGUGGGGGUAGUGCUGGCUAAGGGGAAGCCUGUGCCAAGGUUCAUCUGGAACAACACCUUCUGCCAUUUGGCAGUGCCCAGGACAGUGCCCACUUCUCCCCUCCGGACCCUGAGCUUCCUGAGCCCCGGCCCCCAAGGGUUGGCUCUCUUCCAUGCCAGCUGGGAUGGGCAGGGCCACCUGCUGGAGUGUGCCCAUUGGGAGGAAGCUGCCAUCGUUCUGCCAUAUCAGGCUGCAUGUGCCCGGGAGAGGGGCAAGAAGACAUCCCUUGGCAUUUUUGCCCAUGCCCUAAGUCCCGGACUGCAGCAGGCCUUGGAAGCCCUCCAGGAGCAGCAAGAUGUCUGUGGCAGCAGCUCGGAGGAGGUGCCACCGAGGCCCGGGCAGGAAGCAACCUGGGGGCAGGGGACCAAAGGGCAGGUGGAGGAGGAGGAAGAGCACCUGGCAGCCAGUGGGCACCGGCGGGUGAAGAGGGGCUGGACCAUGCCCGGGACACUGUGGUGUGGAGUUGGGAACUCGGCAGGGAACUCCACGGAGCUGGGCCUCUUCCAGGGGCCAGACCUGUGCUGCCGGGAGCACGACCGCUGUGCCCACAACAUCUCCCCCUUUGAGUUUAACUAUGGGAUUCGGAACUACCGUUUCCACACCAUCUCCCACUGCGACUGCGACACCAGGUUCCAGGGCUGCCUCCAGAGCCAGCAGGAUGCCAUUUCCAACUUUGUGGGCACCACCUUCUUCAACCUGCUGGAAAUUCCCUGCUUUGUGCUGGAGGAGAAGGAGGAGUGCAUCCAGUGGUACUGGUGGGGCGGGUGUAAGAAAUAUGGCCCCAUUCCCCGGGCCCGACUUUUGCAACCAAGUCGCUUCAAUGUGACUCAGAUCCAGCUUAGCCAAGCAGAGAAGCCUUCCCGGAGGAAGCAGCCGAAGCAGAGGCAUGGAGGCCAGCAUAGGCGGUCCAAGGGGCACAGGUCCCAUUUCCAACCUCCCCCCACUCUGUCCAGCAAUCUACAGAAAGCAAACAUCAGUGCCCAAGCACCAUCUCCAACCCUGCCUCAUCUGGCUCCCAACUUGGGGAGUCCCCAAGUAGGGACCACCCCAGGAAAGUCAGUGAAGGUGGUCAAGGACCACCAUGCUCAGGGGGGAUCCCAGGAUGGAGGCCAGAGGCCAGGAGGGACACAAGUGUCUGGAGGUCCAACAGAAGGAGCUGCUGAGGGACCAUUGAAGGCCCCAACUACUGGAGAAGGAACUCCGAAGCCCACUUUUCACCCAGCUGAUAAGACCUACCAAGAUUUCUCCAAGACUUGCCAGUGCUACCGAGAACUGGACCGAUGUCAGCACAAGAUCGAGCCCCGGGAGACCAAGUACCAGCUGCGCAAUCCGGGCAGCCACACGCUCUUCCACUGUAACUGUACCAGACGGCUGGCCAAGGUGCUGAGGACCAAGAGCCCCAAUGAGGUGGAGGACAAGCUCUGGAACCUGUUGGCAUUGACUUGCUUUAAGCUGGAACCCCCCGAGGACUGUGGACCGAGCAGUGGCUGCAGAGGUGGCUCUCGGGCUGUGAUGGUCCCUGCCCGGCACCUGCGGCGUCUAUGGAAGAAGCAGGCCGGAUGGCAGAGCAAGGUGCCAGGGAAGAAGAAGAGAAGGCGGGAGAGGCGGCUGCAGGCCGGGAGGCGGGGGCAGGAGCAUGGUGGCACCACGACGCUCUAUGACAAGUGCCUCCGGAGGAUUUCGGCAGGGCCCCGGGCCGCCCAGUGA